AUGGUCAGAAUUCCUCCUUUGGCCGCGCGCCACAAUGCCCUGCGAUGCAUUGCCUGCAUCAAAGGGCGACCGCUCGCUUUAUUGAAUCGUGCAGUGCCCCAGUGGCCGCCUGCGCCCGUCCAGGUGCGCCAGAAACGGCCGUUUAGCCAAGAGCAUGUACCUGCGUCUGGGUCUGUAGCAGCAGCCCCAGAGGGAGAAUUGCGAGGCUAUUUUUCAUUUCCUGCAGCUUCUGAACAGAAAGAUUUCAAGCCAGGCAAUACAGUCACUGUGCACGGAUUCCUCGGCAAGAGGAGGGACAAGUCCGCGAAGUUGACCUUCUGCGACUUGAAGUCCCCAAAAGGGUUUGAUGUGCAGAUAGUAUCCGCCGUUGAUGCGAAAAACGCAGGAGGCCCAGCUUCCGUACUCCACAAGGAGUUCCGAAAUAUACCUGCCUAUAGUCCAGUUGCCGCCACCGGCAUCCUUCAGCUGCGGCCUGGCGCAGAUGCGAACCUUGCGGGUCCAGAGUCGCAAUUCGAACUUCGGUUGACACAGAUCCAGAGCUUGAAUGAUUUCCCCAAGGAUAUCAUAGUCUCCCAGGAUGCAGUGUGGCCCUUGUCCGCUCGCCACCUGCAAAUGCGAUUUGAUCCUAUGCUCCGUGAUCGACUGCACCUGCGCUCCAAGGUCAACUCUACGGCUCGACAGUGCCUGGAAAGCCUAGGUUUCAACGAGUAUGAGACGCCAAUUCUUUUCAAGUCCACUCCCGAGGGCGCCAGGGAGUUUCUGGUUCCCACCCGUCGGCCUGGGCUUGCUUAUGCUCUCCCCCAGAGCCCCCAGCAAUAUAAGCAGAUCCUGAUGGCGAGUGGUGCCUCGAACUACUUUCAGUUCGCCCGGUGUUUCCGGGACGAGGAUUCGCGAGCCGACAGGCAGCCCGAGUUCACCCAGCUGGACAUGGAAAUGAGCUUUGCGACUGGCUUGGAUGUCAUGAAGACUGUCGAGGACGUCAUUCAGGCCAUAUUCCGGAUGCUUCAGUCAAGGGCACUGCCAAGGGAGCUUGAUGGUAUACAAUACACUGACCCGGCAAGAAUAGCUGAACGCUAUGGCAACAGCGCGUUGCACGACGAGGGCUCGGCGCUGUGGCCUAUUCCCGAUAGCAAUUUCGUGAGAAUCAAGUAUCAGCGAGCGAUGUCAGACUUUGGCAUUGACAAGCCUGACCUUAGAAUUGCUGGACAUAUACAAAGGAUUGACCAUCUGGUCACGAACAAUUUCACCAGCAUGAUCACGAAUCUGGAAACUCCUAUCGUCGAAGCUGCUCAGUUCAAACUGAAAGGAACCCUUGCCGAGAACCAAGCAUUCAUUCGUGGGUUCAUGGACCGAAUCUCCAACAGUACUAUCAACAUAGAUCCGUCUUGCACGCCUGGCGUCUUCAUCUUCGACGAGACAAAGCCACUUGAUGGCCUUUCUGCAUUCGGUCACGAAGGGGCGGGGGGUAUGGCCAUGAUGGAGACGGAAUACUGGCCUGCUCUUGAGCACGGCGAUCUGCUUAUCGUCCAUGCGCGGAAAGAUGUUCCAUUCCAGGGUGAAGGCUCUACAGACCUCGGCAGGCUCCGCAAGGCCAUUUACGAUGCAGCUGUACAAGAAGGCUUCCUAGAUCGUGACAUCAGCCAGAAAUUCUGCUGGAUCACCGAUUUCCCUCUCUUCACUCCAGAUGAUACCCCUGGAGAAGGCCAAGGCGGUGCUGCUGGCCUCAAGGCUACCCACCACCCUUUUACCGCACCUUUGACGUUGAAGGAUGCUGAGCUUCUGCGGAGCGACCCGCUCAAGGCUACAGCGGAUCAUUAUGAUCUUGUACUCAACGGCGUGGAAAUAGGGGGAGGCAGUCGCCGUAUACACCUGGCAGAUAUGCAAAAGUACGUGUUCACGCAUAUUCUUCAGAUGCCCGAGAGUGGGAUAAGCCGGUUCAAUCAUCUCUUAGAGGCAUUAAGAGCCGGUUGCCCUCCACACGCAGGAUUCGCCCUAGGAUGGGACCGUUUCAUUGCCAUGCUUUGCGACGUCGAGAGUGUGAGAGACGUCAUCACCUUUCCCAAAAAUCAGAAGGGUGAGGAUCUCAUGGUCAAAAGCCCCUCGUAUUUGACCAAACCCCAGAUGGAGACCUACCAUAUAGCACCUAACCGCUGGGAGUUUAAGGACAAGAAGGAGGUGUGA